CUAGUUGCCAUGGUAACGACAAUAUGUCCGUCCCUAGAAGGAGGUAUGGUACUCCUCGUGGUACUCCCUGGAAGGAGCAGGGACCAUCAAUAGAGGCUACACCAUCAGCCCAGAAACCAAGGAUUGCUAUAGUUAACUCAUUGAGUACCAGUAAACCAGCUGUGUAUAGUCAGAGAGUAACAAGUAAUAGUGCCAAAAAGAGAACUGACACUCCUCCUUCUCAUAAAGAUGGAUCCUUGUCCUCACAGACCAGCCUCACCGCACUACAGACAAGAGGAGAAACCCCACCGAUAAUAUCACACUCUCCUUCUCCUCCCCCUCUCUCUCCUUCUCUUUAUAUCCAGCAGCAACUAGAGUCACUUUCGGCUGAUCAAACAACAACCAGUACCCAUAACAGUAUGCAUACCCAUACUUCUGUUCCUAAUACUGAUAUUUUAGUAUCUCAUUCAUCUAAUCUUCAUACUCGUGUUUUGUCUCAAACUCCUCGUUCUCGUUCACACCCUCAUACCUCAUGUCCUCAUUCCCAUACCAGUGAUCUUCAUUCUCAUUCUGAUCCUCAAUUAAUAACUAAUGGAAUACAAGAUAACACUUGUACUGAUGAAACUCAUUCUUGUUCCAAUGAAUCUCAUUCCUGUACUGAUGAAACUCAUUCUCAUACUGAUGAACCUGUUAUUCCAAAAGUCAAUAGUUUACCAGCACAGUUUGAUGAUAAAGAAGAAUCAGACACUGAAGGAGAGAGAAAGGAAUCCAUUUCUAAACACUCAUCAAUUCAUGAAUAUUUGGCAUUUUCUGAUGAGCCUCUUACUCUAAAUACCUUAUUAAAUAUUCACAGUCUUUCGCCAUCUAAUAAACCACACCUACCUACCCCACCCACUUCAAGUAAAAGAAAGAAAAGAGUCCUAUUAUCUGUAAAACUAAAAACUGAUCAACAACCGAAAUUCCAACCAUUGCCCAGUAGUAUGCAUCAUUUCUGUGUCGACCAGUCUCUGCCCCAGCUGCCAUUACAGCUGCAAAUAUUAUCAAGAAAGUCUCACUCGUUACCUCUUACAUCUUUUAACCUCUCGACUGGAAACAACGAGAGAGAAGGAGAAGGAGAGAGGGAGGGAGGAGGAGACAUCGAAGGUGGAGCUACAUUAAAAGUGUGUGGUAUUGUCCUUGAACCAGAGGCUGAUAGAUCAAAGUUAAUAUGGACACCUGCUCCUCCGAAGCUCUCACUCCACCCACUCACUAUUAAACAAAGACUCUUCCCAUACCACCCACACCCUUUGGAGGAGGAGGAGGAGGGAGAGGGGGAGGAGCAUGAGGAGGAGCAAGAGGAGGAGCCUGAAGAAGAAGAAAUGGUUACAAUACCAACUACUGAAAUUAGUACAGAAGUUGCAUCUGAGGUAAGUGUUGAUAGUGAAUCUGUUGUUUCAAAAGGAGGCGUGUCAGUGGGAGGGGUCAGUGAUGAUAGAAGAAGCGGCAGUAGUAGGAGGAGACGUAUUGAAACGCUAUCAAAUUUUGAUAGUUACGAUAAAUAUCAGUUAAUAAUGAACGAGGUUGCCUGGCAACGGGAUCAAUUAAUAAAUCAUCACACGAGAAAAGCUGAAGAAGCCGAAUUAAAGAAAAAACAAAGACUAGAACAACAACAACAACAAGGAGAAGAUAUAGCCAGUGUCACUGAAAGUACUGUAUCAUCAGAGUCGAGUAUGUCACCAUUUAUUAUAAGGAGAGCAUUGAGAGGUGCGGGCCAGAGGAGAGGAGGCGUGAUAGCUCCAUCCAAAGCUCAUUCAAUCAAGAGAACCAAAAGUGCAAUAUUCAGAGCCCAUUAUGCUCGUACGGAAUUGUCUAAGCCAUCAAGGCCAUUGCACAGAUCAGCAUCUCAUCAUAUGAUACAAUCUGAAUGGAAACAAACCUUUAUCAGCAACAAACCAAAUACCAAAGUUUCAACCUCUGUGAGCACCAGUCUUCCUAAUCUGAUUGACAUACAACACAAAUAUCAAUCAAGAGAGUGGGCAGAGUCAUUGUGGGACCAUUGGUUUUAUGAAGUACUGGCAGAGGUACGUGCCGCAAUAGCGGAAUAUGACAAGGGACGAGUUCCCGUACCAUGGUGGCUACCGGACCCAAUGAAAACCAACAAGAGGGACACUGGGAAGAGAGACAUGGACACUGGGAAGACUAUGGACACCAUUAGACCCCUCACUGGUGUGGGGCCUAGUAAUAUUAUAGGGUCCGUUGUAGGGGGUAAUAGUGUGGGACCCAGUAGCAUCGGAACCAGUGCCAAUAAUUCAAUUAUUAAUCUUGAUCUCUCAUCAAUUCCUUCACUACCAUCAGUAAUAAACGAGAAUACAUCUGAGAUUGAUAAUCUAACCAAUCAGAUUGCAGCGAGCAGGUCACGUGAUAGCAAGCGAGACACAGCUGAGUAUCUUGUUGAGCGUGGUAUCCUCUAUCGUAAGCUUGGGUUUCUUGAAGAGGCGAUGAAGGAUUUCACCGAAGCUUUGGAGGUGUGUUCUUUCUUAUCCACGCCCCACUGGGAACGACAUUUACUCUUUCUUGUACUUGGAAAAGAAAAAUCUGCAGUUGAUGAAUUGACUCAACUAUUGAAGAAAGAUGCCAAUCACGGCCUCGGAUUUUUGUCAAAAGGUAUUCUGCUUGCUAAAAGAGGUGACCUAAGCAGUGCUAUUGACAAUAUAACCAGAGCAAUAUGGAAAGAUGAUAAGAAUCCAAAGUUAAUAUUCUUAAGAGCAGAACUGAGAGAAAAGAGAGGUGAGACAGAGGCGGCCAUGAGUGACUAUGCUACAGUUGUUAAGCUGCAACCUACCAAUGAAGAAGCAUUGAUCAGACAAGCAAAGCACAGAUUCAAUAAACGUUUAUGGGGUGCUACCACACAGACCCUGACUGCAUUAUUGGCUGUCAAUCAUAAUAACAUGGAGGCGUGGCUUCUGAGAUCACUAGCAAACCUUGAAAUGGAGAAAAAGGAGCUGGCUUUGAAAGACUUGUCAGCUGCAAUUCACUUCAAUCCUCAAGACCCCGCCCUCUUCUUCAAGAGAGGCUGUCUAUUGAGACAAAUUGAUCCUGAGAGGUCGCUGAUGGACUUCAGUGUCUCAAUAUUGUUGGAUAAUUCUAAGAAUAACUCACUGGCAUAUCUACACAGAGGAGUCAUCUAUACUGUACUGAAGUGUUACGAUGAAGCUCUUAGUGAUUUUGUAACAGCUGCUCACCUGUCUCCUCAUCUUGCCAGUGCUCACACUAAUGCUGGACUGGUCCUCUUGAAGCACAAGAAUGAUCCAACAAGUGCACUAAAGUUCUUCACUACUGGGCUACAAGCUGAUCCAACUUACAUCAGAGCUUUACUGUGUAAGGCAGAAGCACUUGCUGAAAUAAACCAGCUCCACAGUGCAUUGUUGGAUUGGUCCAGGGCUAUACACUUGUAUCCUAACAAUCCUUCAUACCAUCUCAACCAGGGGAAAGUUUAUCUCUUAUUAAAAGAUUAUGAAAAUGCCAUUAAUUGCAUCAGGGUAGCCAGUAAGUUGAACAGUGGUGUGGGUGGAUCACAUGCUCAAAAGGCUCUCGUGUUUUCAUUCCUCGGAGACCAUGAUAAAGCAGUAUCAAUGUUAAGUACUAAUCUCCGUGGGUCUCAGAUUGCUUACUUACACACUGUACUGGGUAAGGUCUACCUCAGGGCGGGAAGACUUAAAGAAGCAGCUGAAAGUUUUAAAGAAGCCCAAACACACCUAUCUUACCAGUUCUACGUCCUGUCCACCACAGAGUUUGACAAUAAGAAGAGUGACUUACAUUAUCUCUGUGGCCAGAGUCUCUUCAAAGAUGGACAGUACAAGAAAUCAUCUGAAGAGUUUGGUAGCGUCAUCGCUUUACAACCAAAGAAUGCUCUGGCACAUUAUUAUCGUGGGGUGUCCCUCCUUAAACAAGGGUUGAGCCGUGGGAUGUUCUCCAUUAGCCACGCCCUCACCCUCCAACCAGACCUCGUGAAGGGUUACCUGACAAGAGCGGCUUUUUAUGGAAUGAACGGUCGAAUAUCAAAAGCAAUAAUGAACUGCACUGAAGCCAUUAACAUUGAGCCCAGGAGUAUCAGGGCAUAUUUAUACAGAGGUGUGUUGAGGCACCAGAUUGGGUACCAUGAAGUUGCUAUUAAAGACCUCACAGCUGCACUGGAGUUAAGCCACGCCCACUGCACGCUGAUACUGUUUAAUAGAGCAGUCUGUUAUGAAGCAAUUAAUAAAAAACCAAAAGCUAUUGAUGAUUAUAGUGUUGUGUUAUUAAUAGAAGAUAAUCCGUCUCACAAGGUUUAUAUCAAUCGUGGUCUGCUCUACUUGUCAAUGAAUGACUACUUCAAUGCAUUAAUGGACUUUUUAAAUGCAAGAAAAACACUUGAUAAAGAUCCUUCAUUGUGUCAAGCAAUAGCUUACUGUCAUCACAAGUUAGGUGAUCUUGAUUUGGCUAUAAAGCAUUACUCAGAAGCUAUUUCUCUUGAUCCUUCUUUUGUUGAAGCUUAUGUUGGCAGAGGAAAUGUUUAUGUAGACUAUCUGACAGUAGGAGGAAACAAGAAAGCAAAGUGUGACUUUAUGAAGGUUCUUCAUCAAUAUCCAAACUGUUUGGCUGCUAGAGUUAACUUAGCUCUUCUCUUACAUUGUGAAGGAAAGUUCAUGACAGCUUGGACACUACUAACCAACGUACUCUCCCUCGAUAAAUCUUAUACUCCAGCAUUAGAAGCUCGGUCCAUCAUUAGUCUACAAAUGAGAAACAGUUUUGGUGCAUUAUUAGACAUCUCUCAUGCCAUCAGCAUAGAUCCAUCUCCACUCUAUUACACUGAGAGAGGGACCAUUCAUUACUAUACUGGUGACUCUCUCAAUGCUGUCAGAGACUUUGAGAAAGCACUUCAACUUAAUCCAACCUUUCCACUGGCUCUGUAUAAUCUUGGUAACAUCUUGCUACAGCAGAGACUCUACAGUCAAGCUUGUACAAAGUUUACCUGUGUGAUUGAUAAGUAUCCCAAUGAAGAUGAGGCUUAUAUCAAUAGAGGCUUGUGUUAUGUGGCUAUGGGAAACAAUGAUCUUGCUUUAGAUGAUUUCAACCAUGCAAUUGCAAUCAAUCCUUUUGCAGCUCAUGCUUUUCUUAAUAGAGGUAACAUUUAUAAAGUCAAAGAGUUGUAUGAGCUUGCUGAAAAAGACUAUCAAAAAGCUGUUGAGUUGCAGCCAGAUGAUGCUCUUUCAUUGCAAUAUCAUGGAGAAGUGUUGAGCAUGUUAGGCAGAAAAGAUGAAGCUAGACAGCAAUUCAUGGAAGCAAAUUGUGUUGAAGUUACAUGACCUAUAAAACAAUCAAAGCAACCAUUGUUUCACUUAUUAUUAUGAUAAACUGUCUAAUUUGAGAGAUUAAAAAACCUCAGAUACACCUACUGAUAAA